CAGGGGACAUCUUGCUUACCUGAAAAGCUGGCUCUAGUUUAGAGCUCUGCGUGUUUGUGGGUGGGAGGGAUUCUUCCGGAUGACAAAGUGGUUUCAUUAGUUUUUUUUCCUUUUCUAAAUUUCUUUGUUUUUUUUCCUGUAUGAGAUAUGGGUGAAUUUGGCGUUUGGGACGAGGAAGCGGCAAAAAAUAGCAGUAAUGGUGGUGUUGGGGUGGGUAUGAAGGUGCAGAAGCAGAACUUCGAAGCAUUUUCUAGUAAGACCAUGAUGAUGAUGGCUCCUCCUCCUCAUAAUCAUCACGAUCCUCUGCUAUAUGGUCCGUCCUUCGCUGCUGCCGGUGAUGGUGAUGGUGAUGGUCCUACAACUUGUAAGUCCCUGACUAAUUAUGCAAAUCAUUUUGGUAAUGGUGCUUCUGCUUCUGCUUCUGGUGCUGCGCAUGUUAGACCCUUGCAGCCUUUUCACGUUUCUGCUUCAACCGCCUUCAAAUCCUCAGCAGGAGGGGCGAUGGCGGCUUCAUUGGGAUUUCCUUUCACAACAGCACAGUGGAAGGAGCUUGAAAGACAAGCUAUGAUAUACAAGUACAUGACGGCUGCUAUACCUGUUCCUCCUCAGCUGCUUAUCCCCGUGCCUGCUUCUCGCUCUCACUCAGUGGAUACUGGUUUCAAUCUAAGGUUUUCAAGCAGCAGUGAUGCAGAGCCAGGGAGGUGCAGAAGAACAGAUGGGAAAAAAUGGAGAUGUUCAAGAGACGUAGCCCCUAACCACAAGUAUUGCGAGCGUCAUAUGCACAGAGGUCGUCCCCGUUCAAGAAAGCAUGUGGAAACUCGAGGCACCACCAACAAUAAUCAGCAAAUCAACAGAACUAGCCAAGAUUAUCUUUCUUUGCCUGCUCCUACCAUGACUAUCUCUAACUCUACAAUCCGUACGCAUGGAUCUUCAUCUCCGUUUCUUGCCUCUACUACGGCCAGUCAGCCGUACUUUGAAUCUUCCCUUUCUCUUGAUAAGCUUGGCGUCAAAGCUGCAAAUUUUGAUUCCCUUGCUUCUGUUCCAAGAGGCGGGGACCGGAUGCUGAAAGGAGACCAUAAUACCAUGGAUCUACAAUGGCAUCCUCUGAUACAGAACAAACUUGCAUUGAAUACGGGAGUUUCUGUAACGACGACGCCUCAAUUUCAAUCACUCGUUCCAAAGGCCCUCUAUGUGCGAAUUCGUAUGAUGGUUUCAGUUCUGAACGGGACCUACACAACAAGCGCCCCGCUUUGCACCUCAAUCCUCUAGCAGUUCCUAUAGAAAAUCCUCGGUCUGUAAAACCAAGAGCUUCCAUUGAUGCUUGGUCCAGUGCAGAAAUCAAUGCCCACAAAAGGAGCUCCGUUGCAUCACAUAACAAGAUAUCACUUUCUUCUCUUGAUUUGUCAGUUGGCGGUGGCGGGGAGGAAGACAUGGGUUCCGUUCGUGUGGGCUUGGGCCAAAUGGAUCACUCUGCAAAUUGGGCCGCCUGUUCAACUCCUGGGGGUCCACUAGCGGAAGUGCUGAGGCCCAGCAAGGUGGCGACCACCGCCCAUGAGAGCCCAAUGGCAACAGUGGCGUCGUCGCCAUCUGGGGUGCUGCAGAAGACGCUGGCUUCGUUUUCUGAUAGCAGCAGCAGUAGCAGCCCCAGGCGAAGGGCUGGGUCUUCCAGGGCCAGUUCUGAUAUGCCCUUGCUCUGCUUUAAUCACACCAACCUACCUUCUUAAUUCCUUCUGAGAGCCUUGUUUCGGUUUAAAGUUUAAACUUUGGAUUUGGAUUUCGGGUAUAUGUAGGAUUGUUUUCUAAGGUGGUCUGUACAUCAAAAAAUAUCGGAACACCGGUGUUUCUGUUCUCCGGAAUACCACUUGUUUUUGCAGCAUUUUAUCUUUUGUCUUUGUAAA